AUGGGUGGCCUCUUUCGCGCCGGGAGCAGGAACCGGAUCAGGCUUGGCGGCAUCUCUCACACCGGGAACAGGCUCAGGAUCAGGAUGGGUGGUGUCUCUCGCACCGGAGACUUGAACAGGCUCAGGACAGGUGGCAUCUCUCACGCCGCAGGCGGGGACCAGAUCAGGCUUGGCAGCGUCUCUUGUGUCAGGGACUGGAACAGGCUUAGGACCAGGAUGGGCAGUGUCUGUCGCACCGGAGGCAGGGACUGGAUCACGCUUGACAGCAUCUCUCUUGCGCUGGAGGAAGGGACCAGAUCAGGCUUGGUGGGGUCUCUCGCGCCGGAGAUUGGAACAGGCUCGGAACAGGCGGCGUCUCUCGUGCUGGAGACUGGAACAUACUUGACACCGUCUCUCGCGCUGAGGACUGGAACUGGCUGGGCAGUUGUAAUGAUGGCUUCAGGAACCAACACUGCAGGGAGCACAUGCUACAGACCAGCUGCAGUGUGUCUGGGCCUGCUGUGUGCUCUCCUGCUAGCUGCCAUUACAGUGCUGUGGGUCAGGUUUACUACAGAGAGAGACCAGUUACAGAUUGAUUACAACAACCUAACUACAGAGAGUAACCAGCUACAGAGCAGGUACAACAACCUGACUGCAGAGAGAGACCAGCUACAGAGCAGGUACAAUGACCAGACUGCAGAGAGAGACCAGCUACAGAGCAGGUACAACAACCUGACUGUAGAGAGAGACCAGCUAAAUAAAGAAAGAGAAGGACUCCAAAGAAAGCUUUCUGAAGUGGAUAAGGCCAUUGAGCAGGGAUGGAGGUACUUCAAAUCCAGUCUUUACAACAUCUCUCCUGAGAAGAAGACCUGGAGUGAGAGCAGACAGGACUGCAGAGAUAGAGGAGCAGACCUGGUGAUCAUAAACAGCAGAGAGGAACAGGAGUUCAUCAGUAAAGUUAUCAGCAGAAUUUCUAUUUGGAUUGGCUUGACUGAUGUCGAAAAACAGGGAACUUGGAAAUGGGUGGAUGGCACAACACUGACCACUGGCUACUGGAGAUCUGGGGAACCCAAUAACCCAAAUGAGCAUUGUGUCAUAGCUGACUAUGGGUCUCAUAUUGUGUUGAACUGGGCUGACUAUCCUUGUACCCACAAGUUUGCUUCUAUCUGUGAGAAAGGAGUUUUUAUCUGAAUCUGCUAACUGAAUGAUGGUGAACAGCAGCAUUUGGACAACAUGUGUCUUGAAGUUGAAUUAUUACUGUGCAAAAAGCAGCAAAAUGUUUUUAUUUUAUUUAUAAGCCCUAUUGUCUCAUGUUAAGUUCUCUUGAUUGUAUAAAGUAUUGACAUUGAUUCAAAGUGAUUUUAUC